AGUCACACACAUUUUUGUUCUGCAUCGUUACCUCUUGACAAAUUUGCAAAAGCUCCCACCAAUCUGUGCGCGUUCAGCAAUGGAAACAGGCGUUCCAGAUGCGCCAUGUCUCCUGUUGUUACCAGCAGCACCUGUGGAAAGUGAUCGGGCCGAUGACGCAGAGAUGGGAUGAAUACAGAUGAAGUGUGAUACCUCUUUAAAAUGGAAGUGACGGACAUCGGAAACAAAGAAGAGGGGAAAGUCUGGCAUCGAAAACCAACACUAGGCAAGGGGGUACUAGUGACGGUGGUCCGCACUGCUCAUCAGGCCAAGACGGUACGUUUUCUCCAUGUAGCCUUUGACACCACAGGAGACUCCUUCCUGGCUGGAGAUCACCAUGGCAACAUCUAUGUAUUUGACAUCAGUAGAAACAGGUUUCGUCUGGUGCAGAAGACUGGCCAGGCCUGCACCGCUCUGGCGUUCAGCCUUCGCCGGACCACAGAGUUCCUCGUGGCUCUGGCCGACUACACCAUCAAGUGCUUUGACAAAGACACAAAGCAGCUGGUCAGUUGGAUGCGUGGUCACGAGGGAGCAGUUUCGUUCAUCUCUGUCCACAGCUCAGGUCGCUACGCCAUCAGCACGUCCCUAGACACGGCUCAGCUCUGGGACCUGGACACCUUCCAGAGGAAGAGGAAGCUCAACAUCCGCCAGUCUGUUGGCAUUCAGAGGGUGUUUUUCCUACCUCUCAGUAACACCAUUCUCAGCUGUUUCAGUGAUGACUCCAUCUUUGCUUGGGAGAGCGACACUCUGCUCUGCAAAUACCAGCUCCCGGUCCCCGACACCGGACCCAAAAUCUCUUACAAGGCUUUUGCUGUUACUCGUGAUGGUAAGAGCCUUGCUGCUGGGGGUCGCUCCAACCUGCUGCACCUGUGGUGUCUGGACAGCAAACAGCUGAUCCGGGUGAUUCAGAUGCCCACACGGGUCCGAACCGUCCGACAGCUUGAAUUCCUGCCCGACAGUUUUGACGGAGGAGCCAGUCAGACACUAGGAGUAUUGAGUCAGGACGGCGUUAUGCGUUUUAUCAACAUUCACUCUUGCAAGCUGCUUUUCCAUAUGGGUUCGCAUGAAGACGCCAUCACCACGGUGACGGUCAGCCCCAACGGAAGACAUGUUGUGGCCAUAAUGGAUAAUGGCAGCAUAAAUGUCUACAGUGUUUUGAGUCUCACACAGGAAUUAAACAAGCCUCCUCCCUCCCAGGUGGCAGUGGUCUCUGGCAGUGGAGCUGGUCAGGACUUGUCUAACCUAAAGGUUCAGGUUGGGUCAGAGGUCAUUCAGAGGCCAGCCAAGAGCUCGGGGCGGCAAACGCACGUGAAGAUGCUUAAACCCCCUGCGGGGUCUACAGCUGAGGAUAAAGAGAAUGAACUACCCGCCGGUCUAAAUAAGAAGAGACUUGUAGCUCUGCUCAAGGCAUUCGGAGAGUACCCAGCUAAAUACAGGAUGUUUGUAUGGCGCUCUUUGCUGUGUCUCCCAGAGAACCACGCCGCGUACAGCAGUCUGACCGACAAAGGUCUGCAUUCAGCUUACCUCACUCUGCACGAUAAAUACCCCAUCAAAAGUCCCAAGUUACAGAGGGGACUGCAGAGGGUUUUGUCUGCCUUAUCUCACUGGGCAGCCAUAUUCGGAGAGGUGGAGUACCUUCCCCUAGUAGCCUUUCCCUUUGUCAAGCUCUUCCAGAACAACCCACUGCUCUGCUUUGAGGUGGUGGCCACUGUUAUAGUGAAUUGGGGUCAACAUUGGUUUGAGUACUUCCCCAACCCUCCUCUGAACAUCCUGAGCAUGGCGGAGAACGUUCUGGCUCAUCAUGACAAGGAACUACUGCAGCAUCUGGUGGACUGUGGGAUCACCUCACAGCUCUACGUGUGGCCCCUGCUGGAGACCUUGUUCUCUGAGGUUUUGACCCGUGAUGAGUGGCUGAGACUCUUUGACAACAUCUUCACCAACCAUCCAUCAUUCCUGCUCAUGGCCUGUGUGGCCUACAUCACCUGCUGCCGUGAGCCUCUGCUGCUCUGCUCCCAGAAAACGGACUUUGAGUAUUUUUUCCACCACCGUAACAACCUGGACUUGGGAGCCAUGAUAAAAGAAGCUUACCGGCUCAUGGGCGGCACACCAGCUGACAUCCAUCCCAGGAAUCUGCUCUCUGACUUCACACCGCUGACCAAGGGCCAGUACCCCGUGUUCAACCACUACCCGGAAUUCAUCGUGGAAUACCAGAACCGAGAAAGGGAAAAAAUACGACUGCAGGAGCUGGAGUACCUCCGUGAGAGGCAGGAAGUUUCAGCCCUGCGCACAGAUUUUCUGCGUCGCCAGGCUGAAGAGGAGACUUUUUAUGCACAACAGGAGCUGCUGCAGAAGGCGGAGGAACAGCGCAGAAACAUCCUGGCACAAGAAGAGGAAAAAAUAACCCAGCAGAGGGCAAAGUUGGCGGCCAUGAAGAGAGAACUGAAGGUGAAGGAGUUACAGCUGCUGGAUGCAACCAAAAGCCGUUUCCUCAAACACCAACAGGACCUGAGAGCCUCACAGGUCCAGAGACUUGAUCAGGAGAUCAGUAGAAAGAUGGAUCUCCGGGAGCGAGAAACUGCUGCAGCAGUGCAGGACCUAGAAGUCCGACAGAUGGCGCUGGAGGCCCAGAGGAGACGACUCGAACAGCACAUGUUUAAGGAGCAGGAGCGCACGGGACGGGAGGUUGAGGACAAGGCGGCGUUGAGGAUGAGGAGGGCAGAAAAAGAGGACGAAAGUUUUACAGAGCUGCUACAAUGCACAGAGACCAACAUGCAGGCCUUGGAGGAGUCCCUGGCGGAGGCAUGCCAGUCGGGCUUGGAGAGGCACUGGCAGAGAGAGGUGGAGGAGCGCCUGCAGCAGGUCGAUGCCGAGCAGGAGAGGAAAAGGGAAAAACUGGCGCAGCUUCACAGGCAAACGCUGGCAGAGGAGGAGAAACUGGCCGACGCCAUGAGAGAUGUGGCAGGAAGGAAGUGGGAUGAAGUGAUGAGUUCUAGAGCCGAGGUCCAUGAGCAGCGACGGACCCUCCCCUCGGCAGACACCGGGAUGCCCCACAGACCCUGUGCCCACGCUGCUCUUUACACUGGAACCAAAGGUGAGACCCUCCCGAAGCGGGCAGAAUCCAACGUGGUGUGUUUGAACAGCAGCUCCCCUUCAGAAACCACCUCCACCAACUAUUCCCUGGACCGCGGCCGGGCCCAGCUGGAUAGCAGCGAGAGACAACUGCUGAAGGAAAUCCGAGACCUGAGGCAGAAGCUGGCGGUUCGAGGCAGAGAGGGGAGCUCCGCCUCCUCGCAGUCUGUCCACACGCCGUCCUCUGUCUGUCCGUGACCGCAAACGGCUCCCUGUUGUCUUGGCGCCACAGAAUCCUUUUCUUUUCUCAUGGGGAGCAAGAACAGCCCGAAACCACGAGUAGCACACCUGCAUCUUUUUACCGUCCUUCAAACAGUACGAAAUUAAUGCAAACGGAGUCAAACGUUUCUACUGUGCACCAGCAACCACCUGCCCACGUCGGGCCUGUGAGGACAGGAACUCAUUCUCUGGGUUUCACUGGGCUGUUUUUUUUCAUGUGAGGUGCACAGGGUUGUUCAGAUUGUGUCACUUCUCUAGAAGCCAAGUCGACCAUCGUUCACCUCCAAGCAGCAGCAGCGGUUUGUUGAGUGGGUGAACUGUAUGACGCUCUACGGUGUUUACAACGCAGUAACUAACAUCUUAUUACUGUACUUCCUGUUUAGCUGUACAGUGUAAUGUUAUUUUGCACAGCACCUCAUUUUUAUUUUAAUAAAUUGUAUAGAAGCUAUCUUAUUUAAUGCAGGUUUGGAUGAAAUGGUUUUACGCUGUGUGUUUAAUGUCUGCUAUUGUACAGUUGUUGUAGUUGUCAAUGAUUUUGUAACGCAGACCCUCAAACUCUCUUCGUAUCGAUUUUAAAUGCAUUUUUAAAAUGAAUGAGAACA